AGGUCGACCUUUUUCGAUUGUUGAUAUUACUAUCAGCUAUUUCAUAGUUGUGUAUAAUAGCUCAGUAUCAGUCUAGUUUGAACUAAGUACAAUACUGAUUUCAUAUACUCUAAAUCAGAAUUUAGAUUUAAGAAUUUCCUUGUGGAAAAGGUAACAAGCCAAUAUUCUCCAAUUGGUUAUAAAUAUUAAAGAAAUAUUUACUAGAGGGGGAUGGAAAUUCAUGUGGGAAUAAUUUUAGAGUCAAAUUUAAUUUCGAAUUAACGUAUGUAGGAUGUAAUUAAAUUUAAGUUAUAAAGGGAUUAAUCUUGAAAUAAAAGAAUAAAAAUGGAGAAUUGGAAAAAAAUAAUUGUUUGUGUAUUUUUGUUAAUGAAUUUUGGAAAAAGUGAUAUUUUGUCAGAAGUGAAAAAUUCGGUUGAAGUGAUUAAUGAUGAAAUUCGGGUUUUUCUUAACGUUAGUGAUAAUAGUACGAGGGAUAAUCAACGAUAUCAAUAUCAAUUCUCGGAAAAUCAGGAGAGGGAUUUUGAGAGUAAAGUUAAUUUUUUAUCUCGGAUCUUUAAGAAGCAUGUGGACGAACUGAGAAGUGGAUUAGAAGAGGUGGAACUCGUUUUCCUCGUCGACGCUUCCGCAUCAGUCGGAUUAGAAAAUUUUCGAAGUGAAUUGAAUUUUGUAAAAAAACUACUUGCCGAUUUCACGGUCGAACCUUCCAGAACAAGAGUGGCAAUUGUAACAUUUGCUAGUAGAAAAAAUGUGGUUCGAAAUGUGGACCAAAUUUCUAAAAAUGAUCCUGAGAGUCAAAAAUGUCAAUUGCUGGGAAAACAACUCGGAAAUAUUACAUAUGCUGGAGGUGGAACUUACACCCUUGGUGCACUUUUGGAAGCUUAUGAUAUUCUUCAGGAAGGGCGAAAUGAUACAAAAAAGGCAGUUUUUUUAAUAACGGAUGGUUUCAGUAAUGGAGGGGAUCCAAGAAUGGCUGCAAGACUUUUAAAGGAAAGUGGAGCAACUGUUUUCACUUUUGGCAUUCGUACAGGAAAUGUCGAAGAACUUUAUGACAUUGCAAGUGAACCUGGAUAUAUUUACAGUUAUCUGCUUGAUAGUUUUCCGGAAUUCGAGGCUCUGGCUCGAAGAGCUCUUCAUCGAGAUUUGAAGGCGGGAAAAUACGUGCCAGUAAGGGGAGCAAAAGAUUGUGACUCACUCUGUGAGAGAAAAAUUAAUGAAACUGAUGGUUGCUGUGAUGAAUUGGCAACUUGCACUUGUGGCACUGCAACAGGGCAUUAUUCAUGCUUAUGUCCUUUAGGAUAUUUUGGCUCUGGAUUAAAAGGAUCUUGUCAAGCUUGUCCUAAUGGAACUUAUGGAUUUGAAAAUAUUCCGGGAGAUUCAACUUCGGCUUGCAAUGUCUGUCCUGAUAUUAAUCACAUAACAAUUAAGAUUCCGGCGACUGAUAUCACAGAGUGCGUUUGUACAUCAGGAUUUGUAGGUGAUGGAAACAAAUGUGAAGCCAUAACAUGCCCAAAACUAAAAGUCCCAGAAAAUGGAUAUUUGGUAAAAGCAAGUGCUUGCAGUAACGUUGUAAAUGCAGCCUGUGGAGUAAGAUGUCGGAUUGGAUUUCAUUUGACUGGAGACAGUAUCCGAUUAUGUAGAAAAAAUGGAACCUGGUCAGGAACCGAACCACAGUGUCUUCUUAAAACUUGCCCAUCAUUGAGGGCACCACAAAACGGAAAUAUUAGUUGCAAACACGAAGAUGGAGUGGAGCAAAGAAUGUUGAGCGAUUCUUUAAUAGCUCAACCAAUCGAUACUCAGUGCGAAUUUAAAUGUGAAAAUGGAUAUCAACUGCGUGGAAGUAAGGUUCGAAAUUGUUUGCCAAUUUCAUCGUGGGAUGGGCUUAGAACCACAUGCAAUCUGAUACAUUGCAAACCCUUGCCUCCUGUCACAAAUGGUGAAAUAACACCCUCAAUAUGCAAUAACAAUACAAAAAUUCCUUUUGGCACAAAUUGUACGAUAAAUUGUAAAGAAGGUUUCGAGCUCGAAGGACCAAAAAGUAAAAUUUGUGGUGGUCGUCAUGGAAUUUGGUCAAAAAGACACAGUUUGAAUAAAUGUGUUGAUACAACACCUCCAUCUUUGACGUGUCCUGAAAAUAUGAAAACUACCACUCUGCUUGGAAAAAAUUACACUUUAGUAAAUUGGACAAUUCCAAUAGCCUCGGAUAAUUCAGAAAUUAUCCCAACUGUUUGGAGCAAACCUGACGUUACUUUCCCGUGGAAGGCCGAAAUUGGGUUACAUGUUAUUACUUAUUUGGCACAGGAUGAAAGUGGCAAUCAAAUUAAGUGCAAAUUUUUUGUUAAUGUCACUGACAAUGAGCCACCGGCAGUGGAAAAUUGCGAAGAUCCUCCAGUCUUCUUAUCGGAAAGUAUCACUGGAGCCGAAAAUGUGACAUGGGACGAACCAGUGUUUUACGAUAAUUCAGGUUUGCCCAUAAAAAUAGAGAAAAGUCACAUUCCUGGUCAAGAGACUUUUCCUAUGGGCCAGACUCAAGUGAUUUAUAAUGCUACUGACCAGUUCGGAAACACUAAGAGCUGUAUUUUUAACAUUACAGUCGAAGAUGCUUGCAAAGAUGUACCAGCGCCUCUGAAUGGAUUUGCAAAGUGUCAAGAUGAAGAAGAAGGUUUUCAAUGUGUAAUGACUUGUGAUGAUGGAUACGCUUUUGCAUUUGGUUCAGCAAAUUCCAUUCAAUCUGAAGAAAGUUUAAUAGUAACAUGCAACUCCAGUAGUCGAUCCUGGAACAGUAGCUUUUUUCUAGAUUGUUCAGUGACGCAGGUACCAAUCUCAGUCUCUCAGGAAGGAGUAAUUGUUUUAGAGCAAGGGGAAAUUUGUGGGAAUUCAACUCUUUUACAAAAUUUGACUGAGAGCAUAAAUAAAGAUUUGACCUCAAAAUUACUUGAGACCUGUGGAAACGACAUCGAUUGCACUCUAGUGAAAACCGAACCAAAAUGUGAAGAUUUGACAGAAAAAAGUGAAGAAGAUUUGCUACGAAGAAGAAAAAAGAGAGAAAUGAAGGAUGAAGAAAAGGAGGAGGAUCUAAAUAAAAAAAAGAGAAAAAGGGAGAGAAUUGAAAUUAAAUUUAAAUUUAUUGGGAAAAUUAUCGAGGAAAAUUACAAUAAUCCAAGAGAAGGUGUCACAAAAUUACGAGAAAAACUUGAAUUGAUGAGUCAAUCGGGCCAGCUUAAUUUAUUAAACGGCGAGACUAAUCAGAAAAUUGCAAACUUGGCUUUAAACCUCCACACGAUGUUUGAUAAGCCUCUUAAUAUUUGCAAACCUGGUAGUGUUUUGAAAAAAUACGAUUGUGUAAAAUGUCCAAUCGGAACGUUUCACAAUCAGACUAAAAAUCACUGUCAGUCUUGCAGAUUUGGAGAAUACCAGGAUUCCAUUGAAGGCAUCGAGUGUAAAAAAUGUCCAAAACACACUUCGACUUUAAAAAAUCAUAGUAGAGCGAUAAAAGAUUGCAUACCUGUUUGUCAGCCAGGAUAUUAUUCCCAUCGAAAACGACACUACCCAAAACUUGCAGUUGAGCCUUGCACCACUUGUGAAAUUGGAACAUAUCAACCAAAUUAUGGCCAAAAAUUGUGUCUGCCCUGUCCAGAAAAUACGACCACAAUUAGUCGUACUUCAAAAAAUAUUAAAGAUUGUUUUUACCCAGUUCAAGAUUUUUGCAAAGCCAAUUUAUGCCUGAAUGGUGGAAUUUGCCAAAAAGAAAUUGAUGGAUUCAGUUGUGAAUGUCCAGUGUACUUUAUCGGUUCAAGAUGUGAAAAAUUUCAACACCCCUGUUAUUCAAACCCCUGUUUAAAUCGUGGGGACUGUCUUUUGCUACCUAAUAAUACAUAUGUCUGUGGUUGUUAUGAGGGAUACACUGGACGCAAUUGUGAGCACUAUGUUGACGAAUGUACAGAAAAUCCUUGUAAAAAUGGAGGGAGUUGCAAAAGUACAGAAUCAGAUUUCAUUUGCAUUUGUAAAGAGGGUUAUGAAGGUGAAUUUUGCGAGAUAAAAUCAUCAAAUUAUUGUGACCCUUCACCUUGUGAGGAAGGCUCAUCGUGUAUCGCUAUAAACGGCACAUGGCACUGUUUGUGCAAACAGGGCUUCCUGGGUCGGUAUUGCAAUUUACUGCCUUGUGAUUGGAUUCCAUGCCACCCUAAUUCAAUUUGCGUUAAUAUUCAACAGCCUCAAGUUACUACAAUAAGUUACAGAUGUGAAUGUCCUGAUGGUUACACAGGGAAAGAUUGCACAACAAGAAUAGAUUACUGCAAAAAUUUACCAUGCAAAAAUGGUGGAACUUGCGUAAAUGGUCUUUUGAAUUUUUCUUGCAAGUGUCUCCAAACUUUUACAGGACUUUAUUGUGAAACUGAAUUGUCUUCAAAUUAUAUAAUGCACUUUAAAAAAUCAGGAACUACGGAUUAUGUGAAAAUGACGAGUUCAGAGAAAGAUAUUUUAGAGUUAAGUGUUUGUCUUUGGCUGCAGUCUUUGGACAAAUUCAAUUAUGGAACAGUUUUGUCCUAUGCAAAUCAAAUUCAUGACAAUGCUUUUACCCUUACUGAUUAUAAUGGAUUUGUUCUGUAUAUCAAUGGUGAAAAGACCAUCACCGAUAUCACAGCAAACGAUGGUUAUUGGCACUUUUUGUGUGUCACGUGGGAGAGCCAAUUUGGCACAUGGAACGUUUACGUUGAUGGAAGUCUCAAAGAUAAUGGCACCUUACUGUCAAAUAGAACUGCAAUUAAAGGCAAUGGAAUAUUAAUAGUGGGUCAGGAACAGGACAAAUUCGGCGGAGAUUUUUCUGAAUCAGAAUCUUUUAUUGGAAAAAUAACUUUAUUAAAUAUUUGGAAUUCGGUUUUGGAUAGUAAGACUAUCCAGACUUUUAGCUCUCUCUGUGAAAACUAUUUUGGAUCUUUAUUCGCCUGGGUUCAAAUGCAGGAGAACGUUCAUGGCAAUAUCGAGAUUCUAGAAAGUCCAUUUUGCCAGGGUUGUCCUUCAUUAAAUGUCCCAUUUCGAGGAAAUUUGAGCCUGAGUAAAGAUAGAUUGGAAGCGACUUACACCUGUGAUGUUGGUUACCUUGUAAAAAUUGGACGAAUUGAGCAAAAAAGUUUAAAAAGAAAAUGCCUUUUGCAGGGUCAAUGGGAGGGACAUUACACACCGACUUGUAGGAGGGUGAAAUGUGGAUUUCCUGGAUAUUUUCCAAGAGGUUUUAUAAAGGGAAGAUCGUACUUCUUUGGAGAUGAAAUCCACUACUUUUGUAACGAGGGUUACGAGUUGAGAGGACAUCUUCAUAGAAUUUGUAAUUCCGAUGGAAAAUGGAGUAGUCAACAGCCAUUCUGCAUUGGAGUAACGUGUAAAAAUCUAUUGGCUCCAGAACAUGGAGAUAUUGAAUAUAUAAUCGAAGAACAUGAAAGGGACGAUACCACAGUUCUCCAGGUGGGACAGCAAUUGGAAUUUAAAUGCGAUUCUGGAUUUCGGUUGGUUGGUGAAAAGAUUCUAACUUGUUUGGAUUAUGGUGUCUGGGACCAUGAUAUUCCCAUAUGCAGUGCAUUUGGUUGUUCCUCUCCACAAAUGAUAGAUAAUGGAUACAUUUCAACAAAAUUUUCCGCUUCUAAUGAAAAUCAAACUGAAGAAAAUACACCUGCCUAUUUUUCUGGAGAUAUCGUAGAAUUUUCCUGUAAUCCUGGAUUUAAAUUCCAAGUCAACCAGAAUCUUCUAGGAGAAUUUAGACUUCAAUGUUCCAGCACAGGUUUUUGGACAGGAUUUGUUCCAGAUUGCGUCCCCCUACAAUGCCCCUGGCCGAAAUUACUUCAAAAUGGAAAAAUACUUCUCCAUUUAGAAAAUAAAACCAUUAUAGAAAUUCCAGAAAAAAAUGCCUCAAACUCGUCUUUAAAUUCAACUGAAAUUAAUAUAAUUAAUAAAGAGAAUGGAUUAUUUACACCUGGAACUAAAAUCUCUUUAAAUUGUGAAAAGGGGUACAAGAAUGUUGGGGAGAGUUUCAGAAUUUGCACUUUAAACGAAACUUGGACAAACGAUGGUUCCUUUUGUGAAAUUCGAAACUGUUCUUUAGAAAAUCACCCAAUUGUAAAUUUAUUAAAUAAUUUUGGAAAAGAAUUUAAAUUAGAAUCAGAUUUAGAAAUCGAUGAAUGGAAAAUGGGAAGAAAGUUGAAAGGAAGUUUAGGCAAUUUUGAUUUAUUUUUUGACGGGAGUCUUUCUGGGGAUAAAGCGAUUUUUGUCUGUCGAAAUAUGACUGUUUUUAGGGCAAGAGAUUCUGGAAUUUUGGAAAUGAGAUGGAAAUGUGAAGAUGGGAGGUGGGAAUUUGAAAGUGGAGAUAUUGAAGAAAAUGGGGCAAAAAUGUUAUUUGGGGAAAGUGGGAAAAAUAUUUGUGAGUCGAUAAUAUGUUUUCGACCAAAUAUUUCAAACAAUGGUUACAUUGUUAAUGAAAAUCCGGAGGAUUUAGAAAAAACUUUUGAUGUUGAUGACAUUAUAAAUUUCAAGUGUCGUCAAGGCUACUUUCUUAAAGGCUCUGAAACCUCUAGAUGUCUUUCUAAUGGUUCUUGGUCGGAAAUUCCAGUUUGCCAAUCUAUUGUCUGUGGAAAACCAAUAUUACCACCCCAUACAGAAAUUAAAUAUGAAAAUUAUACACCAGAUGAAUACGUUUUUGGAAAUAUGGUGACAUAUCAAUGCGUUCCUGGAUAUCGAACUUUUGGGCAAGUUUCUGUAAGAUGUUUGGCAAAUGGAAAAUGGUCCAAAAUGCACGGAAAAUGUUCCAAAAUUUCUUGUGGAAAACCCGAAAUUCCAUCAGGAAUUUCAAUCCAUGGAAGUUCCUACCUUUUUGAAGACCAAUUAAUUUACGCUUGUCCGGGGGGUACAAAAAGCGAUUUGAUUAUUUGUCAAAGUGAUGGAAAGUGGAGCGAGCCUCCCAAAUGUGACAUCAACUAAUCAAAAUGAAAAUAAGACGAGAAAGUUUGACGAAAA